AGAAAUAAAAUAGAUAAAAUAUUUAAAAAUCAGAAAAAUAUUAAAGAAGGAAAAAAAGCUCCAAGAAGGAAGACACAGUAGGUAUCAUUGAGAGAAAGAUGUGAAAAGAUUUGCAGAAGGCAAGGAAGCUAAAUGACACUGAGAGGGCUGAGAAGGGGGAAGAAGGCACAUGAGAGGGAGAGGGAGGGAGAGAGGGAAGGAGGGAGGGAGGGAGGAAAGGGAGGGAACAUAGUGGGGGGGGGGGGCUGUCAACCCCUCUAACUUCUCAAGGAGAGCUUGUGGCAGAAUCUGCGGCUAUUCAGUAAUUUUUCGGAGAACAAGCUGAAGUGACAGAGUGACCUGGACUGAGAGACAGCAAGAGAGUGAGGGCUGCAAAGUUGCACAGUCUUAAUUUCAACUCUACACAACGGCCAGAACAUUAGCAAAACUGAACCAAACCCAAAUUACAAUGAUGGAACGCUGUCAACUCUGGGAUGCUGCCACAAGAAACAAUACCUAGAAAGAUUCUCAGACCAAGAACCAACCAAAAGCAGCAAGGGGAUUUCUUUGAACAAAGUGCAAGAGGGAGUUUUUGUUUUUUUUUAAUUACACUGUGGUCCUCCGUCGUUUGGGGUAUCCUUUUUCAUUCUGAUAAAAGUGAGCAGGACAUCUGGAGAAGUUCUAUACUUGUGUUUGGGUCAGGAAUUUAGUCUGUGAGUAAAAAGAGGCUCACUGCAAGUAUGAAGAGACCACACGAAUAUAGCUCUUCUGAAACUGACCCAGAAGAGCUCAUCGAUGUGGGCCAGGAAGACAGCUACUGCCCUGUGACUGGCUCUAUAUCUCCAACCACAACAUCCCAGGUUUUGGCUCGAAAGAAGCGCAGAGGGAUUAUAGAGAAGAGAAGGAGGGAUCGAAUCAAUCACAGCUUGUCCGAACUGAGACGCUUAGUGCCUAGUGCUUUUGAGAAACAGGGCUCUUCCAAGUUAGAGAAAGCAGAGAUUCUUCAAAUGACUGUUGACCAUUUGAAGCUGCUACAUGCAAUGGGAGGCAAAGGUUACUUUGAUGUUCGGGCUCUAGCUGUGGACUACAGAACUCUGGGUUUCCGAGAGUGCAUGGGAGAAGUUGCUCGCUACCUGAGCUCACUGGAAGGUCUGGACAAUACAGAUCCCAUUGGUGCACGUCUGGUAUCACACCUCAACCACUGUGCAAGUGAAAUGGAUCCCUUAAUACACAGCCCUGCUUCUUUGACCUUUCCACCCUGGCCAUGGGGCUUCCCUCAACUGUCUAAUCCAUUCCCUCGAACAGUCGGUGAGAUAAGGAGAGAAAUAGCAGCACCUGGUCCAGCCCUUCUCACUCCCUCGACUGUAACCUUUCAGUCACCUUCCAUUCGAAGUGCUCCAGUUGGCUGUUUGUCAAACAGUCCUCCAGCCAUUGUGAUGUCUGCUUUAGGUUCACCCACUGUUCGAAGAGUCAUCCCAACAGCUGCAAGUCCAAGUACUAGACUCACUCAAGCAGGCAACAGCUUGAGUGCAAUGUCAUCGGCAGAACAACAUGUGACCUCAUCAUUACUGAACACCCCUGCUGCCCGUGAUUCUGGCACACAGUCUUUCAGGCCCUUCACUAGCUUUCCUUCACCUGCCUCAAGCGCCUCUUCUGCUCAGUUAACUAAUUCACUCAGCACAGGUAAAGGCAGUCGACUGUGGGUGACGGAAAUUGGAGUUUUCUGAAACUGAAACUGUUGAAGCAAGGUGGAGUGAGAGACUGGAUCAUGUGGAAGAUUUAAAAAAUUUCUCAAAGGUUUUAGGCAACUAUGGUCAGCCUGGUUUGUUUGUUGUGUUUUCCAUAAAUGCUUCAACGGUUUGUAUAGGAGCUGCAUAAAGAAAAGUGAAUGUUGGAAAAUCCUCUCACAUCCAUUCCAGCUUAUUUCAGUGAGUGUGUAAGAAAAAGAGUGAAAGAUGUGUUUAAGAGUAAAUUAGAAAUGGGCAUACACUCUGUAACCACUUUGUGAGGCACGACAGUUGCUAAGCAUGAAGUGCAUAUGCAUUGCCUGUCCGAGUUCAAAAAACAAAAGCAGAUUAUAGGGAGAAAAAACAACUCCAGGACAAAACACUUUAUAUUAUAAACUCUUUCCUAACAAAAACAAAAUUAAUAGUUGCCAUUGUGUCUGCCUAAGUAUUGUUUUGUACAGGCGGAUUUCACAUUGAAGCCCAGUCAAAAGAAAGGAAAGGGAUUUCUAGCUUCUAAGCUUUUCCAAACCAAUGAAAGCUGUAUUUUUAUGGCCUAAACAUGAAAUAUCAGGAAGAAACAUGUCUGAUGAGAUCUCCUUAUUUGCAUGGCUUAUUUCAAAAUAUGAACAUUUCUGUUAAAAAACAACAUCUUUAAAUUGAAUCAUGUUGAAUGUUUGUUAUUUUACUUCUCAAUUAUUCGGCCUAAUUACUUUGAAAAUCACAUUGACAAAAUGGAUUUAAUUAGUUAGCCCCUGUCUUUUACAGUAGCAUGAAACAAUUUUAUGCAUAUGAUCCAGUUUGGAUCCACCAAACAUCCAUCCAUCCAUCCAUUAUCUAACCCGCUAUAUCCUAAUACAGGGUCAUGAGGGUCUGCUGGAGCCAAUCCCAGCCAACACAGGGCGCAAGGCUGGAACAAAUCUCGGGCAGGGCGCCAGCCCACCGCAGUCCACCAAACAUUUUAUCAUUUUUUUAUUAAAUGAGAAUACAACAGAAACUCACCUUGCACAGGAGGAUUCACAUACAUAUACUGGCUCCUGUUGAGAGAUGUUAAUCUCGCUAAAGCGUGGAAAAUGCGAGGAGGCUGGAGCCCUUAAAUUCACAAAUGUCAUUCAUCUACCCAUCCAUCCAAAUUUUGAACCUGCUAAAAUCAGUUCAGGGCUGUGUGGGCCAUAUCUUAUCCCAUUCCAGCUUGCUUUGGGUGCAAACCACUUGUAGGUUUAACUCCGAUGUAAUAUGCUCUUGCACACAUACUCCCAGUUAUGCCAGACCCGUUAAAUUUAACAUUCUUUAGGAGAAGAGCAGAAUAUCCUGAAAACCAACACUGGAAAAGGCACAAAUAGCUUGCAGGACAUAAUUACUAAUACAGUGCCAAAAAAGAAACAACAGUGUAUUCAUUAAAUAAUGCAAGUUCACGUUCAUUUUAAAAAAGAUGAUGAAUCCCUUAUCAACCAGCUGCUGAUAAAAUACCUUACUGGCUGCUCCCUUGAAUACACACUCUUUGUUUGUAGACACUUGGUAAUCUGGAAAUUUGUUUGCUAUGAUAAAAGACCAUUUGUAAGUAAAAGAUACAAAAUGUGAAUGUGUGGCUUAAGCCUUAAUACGACUUGUGUAUUUCAAGACAUGAAUGUAUGAGUGCAGUUGUAUUAUUCAAUUCAAUCUAUUUUUGCUCUGUUCUGGACAGUUUUAUUCAAUAUAAUAAAAGUAAUUUCUUUAUAAAAAAUGAA